ACUCGAAUUAAAAGCUAUAUUUAUAAGAGAAAUACCAACUUUCAAGUUAAAAAUUGCUGUAAUCAUUUUGUUUUAUAAUUCAUUUCACAAUACGUCUAUUAAAAUAUUCUUAUUCAAUUCACUGAUGGCUGCCCAAAUACAAAAACUUUUAUCUUUAUCAUUCAUAUUCUCGUGCAUGAUUAUUGCAACGAUUGCAGUAAGCUGUCCCUCAUACUUAAGAGAACGCGAUGUAUGUAAACCUUACGAUCAAACGCAUCGUUACAAUGAACGGACUGUUAUUUACGACGAAUUUGACGAUUUAGAUGAAUAUGAUGUGGUUUACCCGGUUUACCCUGAUGAUUAUUUUUUUGAUGACGACUUAGUAGUUUACCCUGAUGACGACUUAGUAGUUUACCCUGAUGACGACUUA